AUGAUUAAAGUCGGAAGUGUUGUUUAUAUUGAUUCUGAAAUCAUGGAAAAAUUACUGAACGGCCAAACAACAGGCCCCAUAACUCUCCCAGGGAGCCUAGAAUUCGACUGCCCAGACCGAUCGGAGCUUCUGGAGCAGCUGAAAGUCCUCCAAGUGACUCUGCGCCGUAAAACUCCCAACAAUCCUCCAAACCAGCCUGAAAAAAGAGUCUCCUCGCCAUCAUCCAGCAGUUCUUCAUCCAAAAAGCCCAAAGACAGCCCAAAGAAAGCCGAGUCGAUCUUCGAGAGCUUCAACAACGCGAUGGACAGUUCCCGGCUGGAAGUACGCAACAACGCAAUCAAGAAAAUGCAGGCCGCUGGGCAGCAACUCCCACACCUAGAACCUCCAGGUCAAUUUGGUAUGAAGUACGCUUUGUCUGCGCCUUACCACGUGUUCCUAUCUUGCGUGCAAAAGGUCCCGGAGACCUGGAGCCAGUCGUUCAGCGUGACCUUCCCGGAGCUGCUGGACAUCAGCUUGGGAGUGAUAGAAGAAAGCCUUCACUUCAACUUCAUGGUGGACGUAAGCUGGCUCUGUCUUCAGUACCUCUUCGCAGGGCAGAAAGCAGAUAGCUUAAUUUUCCUGGGAUCUCGGUGCGAUGACUUUCCACUGCCUUCCAACAUCAAAACCAUCAAAAUUGAGACCCCAACUGCUUUUGGGACCCACCAUAGCAAGGUUUCCGUCUUGAAGUACGCCAACGGGGCGAGGAUCAUCAUUUCUACCGCCAAUUUGUACAACGACGACUGGGACAACAGGACUCAGAUGGUUUGGGUCUCUCCUCACCUUCCUAAACUGGCUGAAGGCUCUAGUGAAGCUUCAGGUGAAGCUCCCACUGGGUUCAAACGUGAUUUCUUAGACUACCUUAAGUUCUACAAGAACUCCGCCUUGGAAAAGUGGAUUGUCCUGCUUAAAACUCUGGACUUUUCUGAGGUAAACGUCUGCUUUGUCGCCUCAGUGCCUGGAACGCACAAAAACGAGGCGCGAAAUCUCUGGGGGCUCCGUAGAUUGGGCGCCAUUUUGUCGGAACACGCGGAAACUCUUCCGGAAGCUUCCCAGUGGCCGGUUGUCGCCCAAGCUUCCAGUAUUGGAAGCUUGGGGCCCAGUUAUGACGCCUGGCUGACCCGCGAAUUCAUCCCCGCGAUGGCGAGCUUGAAGACUGAGAACCGCGGACUGAGAUCGGCGCCCAAUUUCAGGUUCAUUUUUCCCUCUUUGAAGAAUUUCAGAGAGUCUUUUGACAUGAAAGCGGGUUGCUGCUGUCUGCCCUACUCCAAAAAGACGCAUGAUAAGCAGCCCUGGUUGAACAAGUACUUGUACCAGUGGAAAGCGGGGAAUAAACAUCGCAACCGGGCCAUUCCUCACUCAAAAACUUAUAUAAGAUUGGCGCCAGAUCUGAAGAAGGUACCCUGGGCUGUUGUUACCAGUGGGAAUUUGAGCAAAGCUGCUUGGGGUUAUGGUCAGAAUUCAACGACUAUUUUGAAUUAUGAAGCAGGAGUUGUUUUUUUGCCGAAGUUUUUGUUUAAUGCCAAAACUAUUCCUAUUGGAGAGGAGGAUGAUAAGGGAAAUCCGGCAUUUCCGCUGCCUUAUGAUCUUCCUUUAACUCCUUAUGCGGGGGAUGAUGGUCCUUUUGUCAUGGAGUUUUUUAAUGAUGUUUAA